CGGUAAAUAGAAGUCGGCCGGUCGAUCGCCUCCCUCCUUUCGUUUUCCUUUGGUCCAACGGCGCGACGACGGAAAGAGAGAAAGGAAGAGGAAUCCGAGCGACCCUCGUCAAAGAUUUUGGACGGAUUAGGAUCGGGUAACCGUCGGCCAUGGCUUCCAAGCGGAUCCUCAAGGAGCUCAAGGAUCUCCAGAAGGAUCCCCCCACGUCUUGCAGCGCAGGUCCAGUGGCUGAAGAUAUGUUUCAUUGGCAAGCAACCAUAAUGGGUCCACCUGACAGUCCAUAUACAGGAGGAGUCUUUCUGGUUACCAUACACUUUCCUCCAGAUUAUCCAUUCAAACCACCUAAGGUUGCUUUCAGGACUAAGGUUUUCCAUCCAAACAUCAAUAGCAAUGGAAGCAUUUGCCUUGACAUCUUGAAAGAGCAAUGGAGUCCGGCUUUAACCAUUUCCAAGGUGCUGCUAUCAAUCUGCUCCCUGUUGACGGAUCCAAACCCAGAUGAUCCAUUGGUACCGGAGAUUGCCCAUAUGUACAAGACAGACAGAACCAAGUAUGAGGCCACUGCAAGGAGCUGGACCCAGAAGUACGCAAUGGGCUAACGCGAGAGAGAGAGAGAGAGAGAGAGAGAGAGAGAGAGAGAGAGAGAGAGAGGGUGGUUCUAGUGGACCUAUCAAUCGUUAACUGUGUAUGGACGUCGUGUCAUCUCGUCUUUGUAAGAAUGAAGUAGCCCUACUGUUGUGUCAUUGACCUAAUGCUUCAUGAAACUUUUCAGAAGAAUGAUCCAAGUUUGUUAUAUUA